ACCUUCAGCUUCCCAGCUAAAACUAUAGAUGACAUCUAGAGCGUUGACCAUGGCGCAGCCCAACGAGAGCACAUGAGUUACCUCUAACCUGGCCGACUAUGUAACUUGUGGCCGUUAUCGAGGAUCACUGGGACGGACAGCUACCCCGCAUUACAAACCUCGACUUCCCAGUUCAGACCUAGUGCUUCAGAAGCUGUCAAAAAGCCAUAAUGGCUACUGUGAGGCCUAGAACUAGUGUUGUAGAGGCGGCCAGUCCAACGGAUCAAGCGGUAGAUCCUCCAGAGGCGAUGCUAAAAAGACUUGCUCAAUGCUUGGCGGAAGCCUUAAGAGUGGAUACAUCUACUGAGCGGAAGGGCAUGGAGGAAGCUAUUGAUGACUUGCUGAUUCGUCUUGAUGAAUAUGCAUGUCUUGUUGAUAUGGUGCGCAGUGACAACCAAUUUUGCCUGCACAAGGCAUUGCCAAAUAUCAUAAGCCAAGCCAAAGAAAUGGACAAUAUUUACCGGAAGGUUGAUGCCCUGGAAGCUUUUAUGGAUCAAGCAAAGGGACAGCUUGAUGCCUUGGAGCACCAGUUGACAAUUGCUGAGUCAGCCUCAGGGACCGGGAAGUCAAUAAGGGAUGUCCUUAAACCUCUCUUCUUUAAAAGCACUCCUACUCCUGCCAAGAAGACAUUACCUCAAACACCCUCCUAUGAGGCUCCCCAGAUAUUCCAUGCAUCAGAAUUUUUUCACAAGUCUGUGGAAUCUCCUGCACCUGAUUCAACAAAAACAACAUAAGACAACUUCAUGGAAGAUAACCAUCAGUCAGUUUAAAAAGCCUUUAUAUUCUGCUUCAGUCUUCUAUGUCUUCAAAAUAAAUUUUAGUUUUUAAAAAUGCUCUCUAAUCUGACAAAAAUUCCAGCUGGAAUUUGAAACUAGCCUCAACUGAAAAUCAGUCCAUUUCCAAUUUGUCCUUAAU